UGCGAAUACAUAAAUAAUUAACUUGUGCGGUAUUUUCAUUGGUAACGAUUUAAAGCAUUCUAAAAAAAUAAAAGUCUUAUUUUCCAGUAAAAAAAUUACUUGACAACAUUUGAUGUGACGUCAUCAGUCUUUUGGAAGCAAUGAGCAAGUUUUAAAGUUCUGUUAUAUCUUCUGAAAUUCGCUUAGGAUAUAUCCGCUCAAAAUUUUAGUUUUAAGCGCGAAUUUCGAGCGGGCUUGCAGUUGCCUGUCAAAUCGUAACGUCAACGAUCACGCCAAAAUUAUGAAUUGUAUGAAAAUUGCCUCUUCUUUGGUCACAAAAUUCCAAAAAUAUAUGCCGUCAAUUCGCCACCAUUCGAAGGAGUCUUUCCUAACGGGUUCGUCGUCGCAAUACGUCGAAGACAUGUACAAUGCCUGGCUCAAAGACCCCUCAAGCGUCCACGUAUCGUGGGAUUCUUACUUUACAAGCGUUACGAAGAGCUUGCAAAACGCCUAUCUGCCUCCUCCCAAUCUAGCGCCGCCCACAAAUCACAAUUUGCUUCCACUUGAUGACGUCCUAACUAGUCAGUUCAUCGAAAGAACUCCUCCUUCAGCUGCGAUGUCCAGUCGAAGUGCAUCAACUGCAGGAGCACCCGCAGGGGGUGUUCUCGACGACAAAACAAUCGAAAAUCACUUAGCCGUUCAGGCCGUCAUACGAACCUACCAAGCGCGCGGUCACCUCGUCGCCAAACUGGAUCCCCUCGAAAUAAUGCAGAUGGAGAAGAAGAGCAUCAACAGCAAAAUUUACAGCGGAACACCACCUAGCGAAGUGUUGAGAAACUAUAAACUUGAGGACAUGGACAAGGUUUACACACUGCCACAGAACACCAACAUCGGCGGAAAAGACACAAAGUUACCUUUACGAGAAAUUAUCAGGCGUUUAGAAGAAGUGUAUUGCAAGCACAUUGGGUUGGAAUUCCUCGGCAUCGACAACAUACACGAACGCCAGUUCCUACGCCAGAAAAUGGAGACCCCUGGAGUCCUGAACCUCUCCAAAGAGCAGAAGCGGCUCCUCUUGAAACGUCUCAUCCGCACCUCCGAGUUCGAGAACUUCCUCGCGAAAAAGUGGGCUUCCGAGAAACGAUUCGGCAUCGAAGGCGGCGACACGUUCAUCCCCGGAUUCAAACAAAUCAUAGACACGUCGACGGAACUCGGCGUGGAUCACUUCUUCGUCGGCAUAGCGCACAGAGGCCGUCUCAACCUCUUGGCCAACGUUUUCCGCAAACCUCUGUACCUCAUUUUCAACCAGUUCGUGCCAUUGGAACCUGCCGACAUCGGUGCCGGCGACGUGAAGUACCACUACGGCAGUACCACCGAGCGCACCAACCGCCACACCCAGAAAAAGUACAAGCUGACCCUCGUGGCUAACCCUUCGCACUUGGAGUCCGUCAAUGCGUUUAUUUUGGGUCGCACCCGCGCCGAGCAAGUGCACAGAGGCGACGAAGAAGGCAAAAAAAUCAUGGCCAUCAUCGUGCACGGAGACGCCGCUUUCUGUGGCCAAGGAGUGAACUACGAAAGUCUGAGUCUGUCGUAUCUUCCGAACUACACCACCCACGGGAGUAUAUGUAUCAUUAUUAACAACCAGGUGGGUUUCACGACGGAUCCGAGGUUCUCGCGGUCUUCGAGGUACUGCUCGGACUUGGGGCACGUAGUCAGCGCGCCGAUCUUCCACGUGAACGCCGACGACCCCGAGAGCGUGGUCAACGUGUGCAGGCUCGCCGCGGAGUACCGGGCCCAGUUCCACAAAGACGUGAUAAUAGACAUGGUGGGGUACCGCAGGCACGGUCACAACGAAGCCGACGAGCCCAUGUUCACUCAGCCGCUCAUGUACACGAAAAUCCACAACACGAAACCAGUGGCUAAGAAGUACCGGGAACAGUUGCUCUACGAGAAGGUGGUGACUGCUGAACACAUUAAAGCGGUGGAAGACGAGUACAACAAGUACUGCGAAGACCAGUACGCCAAAGCCCGUCAGCAAACGCAGUUGUUUUCCAAGGAUUGGCAGGAUUCUUCCUGGGAGGCAUUCUACGAGGGGAAAGAUCCUUUCAAGGUCGCUCCAACGGGACUACCCGAAGCCGUCAUCAUGCACAUAGCUGAGAAGUUCUCCGCCCCGCCCCCCGCCAACUUGGAGUUCGUCAUUCAUAAAGGGAUACAAAGGAUUUUAAGUCUGAGGCGAAAAAGCGUCGAGCAGCGAUUGGCAGAUUGGAGUCUCGGCGAAGCUUUCGCUAUUGGAAGUCUGGUGAAAGAAGGGUUUCCGGUUCGACUGUCAGGAGAGGAUGUGGAAAGAGGAACUUUUUCGCACAGACAUCACAUUAUACAUCACCAAAAGAUCGAUCAAGUGACGUACAAAGCCCUAGGUGAUGUGUACCCGAAUCAGGCUACUUACGAUGUUUGUAAUAGCGCCUUAUCCGAGUUUGGAGUGUUGGGGUUUGAAAUAGGGUAUGCGCAAGCUAAUCCUAACUGCCUAGUGUUGUGGGAGGCGCAAUUCGGUGACUUUUUUAAUGGGGCGCAGAUCAUGUUCGACCAGUACCUGUGUUCGGGCGAAACGAAAUGGUCGCGACAGAACGGCAUCGUCAUCCUCCUUCCUCACGGCUUCGAGGGAAUGGGUUCGGAGCAUUCGAGCGCGCGGAUCGAGCGUUUCCUCCAGAUGUGCGACGACGACCCCGACGUCAUUCCCCCCUUCACUCCGGAUUUCGGCAUAAGACAGUUACACGGUUGCAACUGGAUUAUAGCGAACUGUUCGACCCCCGGCAACAUGUGCCAUAUACUUCGGCGCCAAAUGUAUCUCCCGUUCCGCAAGCCCUUAAUUAUUUUCACCCCUAAAAGCUUGCUGCGAUUACCGGCUUGUCGCAGUCCGUUCGACGAAAUAAAAGAGGGAACCGAAUUUAGACGAGUGAUUCCGGAAGAGGGAGAAGCGAGCAAGCAGCCCGAAAACGUAAAGAAGUUGAUGUUUUGCAGCGGGAAAGUGUACUACGAUAUAGUCGCCGAACGAGGCGAAAGUAAACUGCAGAAAGAAAUUGCGGUUUCGAGGGUGGAACAGUUUUCGCCUUUCCCGUACGAUUUAGUCAAAGCGGAAUGCGAGAAGUAUGCCAAGGCGAAGCUGGUCUGGGCACAAGAAGAGCCCAAAAAUAGCGGAGGGUAUAGUUAUGUUCACGAUCGGUUGAGGACGCUGGUUCAAGGGAGCCGGCCGGUGAUCUACAACGGAAGGCCGCCAGCGGCGUCACCAGCAACUGGGAUUAAGGCGCAACACAUCAAAGAAGUGGAACAGCUGAAGAAGGAUUUUAUGACUAUUUAAAUUUUGUAAUAAAGCAAAACCGAGUCCAUUUUCUAGUCGUAUAAAAAAUCAAUAUUU